GAGCAGGACUACCAUGGCGCUUCGGAGUCGAGUCAAGUUUGCCAAAUGCCAAAUGCUGGUCACCAGCUUCUUUGUCUUGCUGCUGAGCCUGGCCGGGGCUUCCAUUGUGGCGCUCACACACUUUGGGGACCACUUUACUGUCAUCAGCCGUGCACCCUUAGAGAGGAGCCCCUUCCAGUCCCUGGACCGCUGGGUGUUUGCUGUGGGGAUCGUCCUGGCGGGCCUGUUGGGCCUGGGAGCUGCCCUGAGUGCUGCAGCUACCGUGAGGGAGGCCCAGGGCCUCAUGGCUGGGGGGUUCCUGUGCUUCAUCCUGGUGUUCUUGGCUCUAGCACAGGUGGCCUUCUGGAGGCUCCGCAACCCCACCCAGGUGGAGGAUGCCGUGCUGGACACCUAUGACCUGGUGUAUGACCAGGCAGUGAGGAGCCCGUCGGGCACCCAGAGCCAGGAGCUCACUGCCAUCCAGGACACGUUUCUGUGCUGUGGAAAGACCUCUCCUUUCGGACUCUUGGGGAGCGGGGAGGCCGCCCUGUGUCAGGGCCCUGAGGCAGCAAGAGAGGACUGCCUGCAGAGCAUCAGGAACUUUCUGAGGACACACGCGACCAUCACCUCCACCCUGACCGGUGCCGGCCUAGCCCUCACGGUAUACGCCAUGCUGCUCAGCACCUUCCUCUGGCUUGCUAUCCACAAGGGCUGCGGCUUGGACCACAAAGGCGGAUACUCCCUGACCCCACGAGCCCAUGGCUACCAGUACCAGGAGCCCAGCCUCUUCAGACGAUUCCAGGAAGCACCCGUGCCUCGACACCCUUCUGAAGCAGAGGACGUUCUAUAGCCAUGGAGGUCCAGCAGGACACCUGGGUGGCCCACGGUGGGGCCAGGUCACCUACCUGCCCAGAGGGCGGGCGACGCUGGCCGUGGCGAAUCCUCCAGGGAGAUGAGGGCAGGGGGAGGGGAGAGCUGCCAGGCCGAUGCCUCCCUGAGGGCGGGCCAGGCUGACCAGGCUGGGAGGACGAGGACAGAGGAGCCAGCACGAGACAGGCCGGACUCCCGGUCAGUGCCGUCCAGUGCCUGCCAGCUCUGCACAGGCCCUCUCCCCCCCCCCCGGCCCCCCGGGGCUGUGCGGUAACACAGCAUCAACGUGGUCACUGGUCUCUGUGACAGCUUAGGGUAGGAAGGGUUUGUUCCGGCUCGGGGGCUCAGAGG